UUUCCGUGCACUAUAUUCAAGCUCUACCAGAAGAACUUAUCUCACUAGAGCUCUUAAUUUUUCCGCUCACAUAUACAGUACAUUCAGUUAUACAGCUGAACUCAAUAUCAGACAUUCAGUAUCACAACCAAAAGAAGAUCUAGAGCUGCUGGACAAUGAGCAUGAGAAUGGGGGACUAUAUGCCUUUGCUUGGCAAUCAAUUCAGUGAAACAUCAUCUGCCUCUUCAGCAGUCUUGGAAGGAGAAGAUGAAAUUGAGAUUGCUCUUCGCCACAUUAAUAUGAAUUGGGUUUCUAAUCUGACACUUGUGCUGGUGGGUAAGACUGGUGAUGGAAAAAGUGCAACAGGAAACACCAUCCUGGGCAGAACAACGUUUACAUCACAGUCCUCUGCUGGAUGUGUGACCAAAGAAACUGAAAGAGUUGAUGGGUUAGUGGAGGGUAGAAAGACUACAGUCAUUGACACUCCUGGGCUUUUUGAUGAGAACAUGGAUGAAAAAUUACUGAAGAAGCAAAUGAAAAUGUGUCUUGAGAUCAUCCCAAAACCAUACGGACUUCAUGCCAUUCUGCUUGUAGUCAGUCUUGCAGGGAGGUUCACUCAAGAAGACAAAAAGGCUGUGAUGUGGAUCCAGAAGAACUUUGGAGAAGAAUCUCUGAAAUACACCAUCAUUCUGUUCACUCAUGCCGAUCAGCUAAAGGGGACAAAGCUGAAAGAUUACAUACAGGGUUCACGAGCCCUUACAGAUGUGAUUAGAAGCUGUGGUGGCAGAUAUCAUGCGGUAAACAACACAAACAUGAGAGAUCGUACGCAGGUUACAGGGCUGCUGAAGAUCAUAGAUAAAAUGGUGCAGGACAAUGGAGGACGCCAGUACACCAAUGAAAUAUUUAGCGGAGCCCAGAAAAAGAUGGAACGGCGUAAAAAGAUAGAAACGGCAAAGAAUGUAGCUCUAACAGUGGCAUCUGGAGUAGGAACAGCAGGAGCUGUCGCUGGUGGGGUAGUGCUGGGUGCAACAGAACUGGUGUUACUCCCAGCUGUGGCAAUAACAGCAGGUAGUUUAAUGGCUUUGGGAUCAGGCAUCGGCAUGGCAGUGAAGAAGUUUAGGAGUAAUGAUGAAAAUGAAGCAAAAAAAAGUUCAUAAAUUAGUAAGACUCAAAUUAGAGCACAAUUGGCCUUGUUCUCUGGGUGGAUAGGAUAGGAUUGAUUACCAACAUAAUUAAAAUACUCAAUGAUCACAUGUAACUGCACAUGUCAGCUGAGUUCUGUAUUUAUGCACCAUUAUAUUGCUUACAUUGGCUACUGUUAUUAAGCUGUAUUUCUUAGGGAAAGUGAUUUAGAGAAAUGUAACACAGUGAGUGUGUGGAGACAAAGCAAACAUUUCAGAUCAAUAAGACGAAUUUACUGUACUUUUUUUCUGUCUUAUUAUUAUUAUUAUUAUUAUUAUUAUUAUUAUUUUUCCUUUUCUUUCUAUU